AUGAUAACCAACUACUGCGCUGCGCUUUUAUUCUUGAUCAAUGUUGUUUUUAUAUCGGGAGAAACAUUUCCAGAAGAAACUACUGGUGUCGAGUUACCGUCAGGUCACGUUCAGUUUUAUCGUGUCUAUGCAUCAGGAUAUCAAAAUUACAUUUGUACGAUGGACUCUAGUGAAACCUGGCAUUGGUUUCUAGAUCAUCCAGUAGCUGUUUUACGUCGAUACAAUGCACCAGACUUAAAUCCUGAAGUAGAUCCCAUUGUUGGAAAUCAUCAACAUACGCUUACACAAAACUUCACUAUCAAUACUGCAAUAUGGAUUUUGGGUACGAACUGCCAGCCGACAACUUGUGAUUCCAUAACAGAUAAACUCCAUGGAACACCCAUAAAGACAAAUGAUAAUAAGCCAGGCCAAGCUCUACCUAAGGUAUUAUUUCAAACGCUGACUGAUGAAGAAAAUAUUGGACUAACCUUUAAAGAUGUUACAUACAUUCAACGAUUAGAUAUCGUCAAUGGAGUAGUGCCAGUCACAGAAAAAUGUACUAUGGGAACGAAUGGUUCUCACUACAACGCAAACUAUACAGCUCAUUAUAUAUUUGCUCACAAAACCAAAGCUCGAGGAUUACCAAUUGAUACUAAGACAUUAGCUGAAGCUAUAGAUAAUGUUGAAGAUACAUAUAGUUUAUAUGCAGACUAUUUUGCCUUUAAAUUCACUGAUAUUGAUGAUGAUUUCCGAUAUAACAUCACUACAUUAUUGGACGUGCGCAUUACUUCAAGCAAAACUGAUCAUAUAAUGAAAUUAUUUCUAAAAAUCAGUGAUGCAAUUCAUCAUUAUAGACCGCUUCGAGCAUAUCCAUGGGCUACAGACAUAUUUACUUUUAAAUCAAAUAAUAAUAAUGAUAUGCCAAUACCAUUUUUCAUUUGUUUAGAGAAUUAUAAGCUAUUAAAUGAAUCUUUUACGUUGACAAAAAAUAUUCCACAACCAACUUUAAAGUUUCAAGCUUUGGAAAAAGAUUUUUAG